AUGGAAAUGGUGUGUAGAACUCCUAUGACUCUCUUGACAAGAAAGAACGGGGAAAUCAAUUUCUAUAGCUACAUUAAGGCCUAGGUUAGCUUGGCUAUAUGCUGAGUUCAGAAUGUUGUGCUGUAACUAGUUAAGUUACUAUAGAGGGCUCUCCAACCCUGUUCCUGGAGAACUACGGUCCUGUAGGUUUUCACUCAACCCUAAUCUAGUACACCUGAUUUUUAAUCAUUAACUGGUUGAUUAGCUGAACCAGGUUAGUUACAACUGGGGUUGGAGCGAAAACCUACAGGAGGGUAGCUCUCCAGGAACAGGUUUGGAGACCCAUGUACUAGACUGCAGAGCAUUUCUCCCCCUUCAUUUUCUCUGCUCCCGUCAUACAGAUCCGCUUCAUCCUGAUUCAGAACCGAGCAGGGAAGACCCGACUAGCCAAGUGGUACAUGCAGUUUGAUGACGAUGAGAAACAGAAGCUGAUUGAGGAGGUGCAUGCUGUGGUGACUGUCCGUGAUGCCAAGCACACCAACUUUGUGGAGGUAAGGCAGAACGAUUUUCAUGAUGCCAUGUCUGUGCGUUGGAGUCUGUGUGCCCUAAUGAAGGCUAUUAUUUUCGAGCAAUUGUAUUCAUUGUCACUAUUUGGCAUUCUAGGAAGGCUGGAAGCAACCUGGUACUGUAACUCAAGGUCUGGAGCUGCAUUUGGCUUUACAGUGACAUGGGCCUAAAUUGUAGAAUACAUUGUGACACUGAAGAGACAGUGGAUAGUAGGCUACAUUUUCCACUGAUAUGCUGUAACCCUAAUUGGUUAGCCAAGUUGAAUUCGAUAUGCUAAUAAUUGAAUAUUUCAUUGUAAAUGAAAAAGACUUCUUGCAAGUCAUAAUUUCAAAUCUACUGUAAUUAUUCUUAGAUGAAAAAUAAAAAGCACAUAUUGAGAUGGUCGUCUGUCUUUUCUCCAGUUCAGGAACUUCAAGAUCAUCUAUAGGCGCUAUGCUGGUCUGUACUUCUGUAUCUGUGUGGAUGUGACAGACAACAACCUGGCAUACCUGGAGGGUAUUCACAACUUUGUGGAGGUACGUAGACUGUUUAUUAUGAUGACACAAUGUGGGAGCUGUUUUAUGUCAAUGACUCUGUCUGGUUUUGUGAAGGAAUGUGGGCUAGUCAAAUCUCCACCUUCAUAGCUGAAUGAUUAGGCAUAUUGUGUUGGUAAACUAUUGUAUCGAUGUGCUCCUACAGCAAUUUGGAAUAUAGGGUGUGUCCGUUUGUAAAUUCAGUGUUCAGAGCGCACACUGGACACUCUGGCCGAGGAUUAGGGUUGAUCCAAGCGUUCUGACCUCACAACGGCAGUCAAGCACCUAAGCUAACGUUGGCUAGCUUGCUAGCUACUUCCAGACACAAAUGAGAGAACACCUCACUCUGACCAUUUUACUCUAGAGCGUUGGUAACUGUGCUGCUGGCAACAAUUUAAUUACACUUUUUUUGUUUACUGACACCGGCCAUAUUCAACAGGUGUUGAGCGUUCGUAAAUUCAUCAGUUACUCUGCGCUCUGGCACACUCAGACGAGAGCGCUCUGAAAUCGGAGUAGAUAGCCAGAGCGAAUUUACGAACGCACCCAUAGAGUGCCACAGUAUGAGUCAUAAUACCCAUAAAACCUAGCGGUCAAACAGGGAAAUAGUUUGUCGUUUUUCCACCAUUUAAGUUUUCCCAUAGGGGAUUUUAGAAACGCUUAAAAUAAGGGCUGUGUUUCGUGUACGCUUGCCCUGGCGUGACGUUUUGAUAACCGUGUAAAUCUCUCUAGGACAAUGUGACAUCAAUAUACACUGCUCAAAAAAAUUAAGGGAACACUUAAACAACACAAUGUAACUCCAAGUCAAUCACACUUCUGUGAAAUCAAACUGUCCACUUAGGAAGCAACACUGAUUGACAAUAAAUGUCACAUGCUGUUGUGCAAAUGGAAUAGACAACAGGUGGAAAUUAUAGGCAAUUAGCAAGACACCGCCAAUAAAGAAGUGGUUCUUCAGGUGGUGACCACAGACCACUUCUCAGUUCCUAUGCUUCCUGGUUGAUGUUUUGGUCACUUUUGAAUGCUGGCGGUGCUUUCACUCUAGUGGUAGCAUGAGACGGAGUCUAUAACCCACACAAGUGGCUCAGGUAGUGCAGCUCAUCCAGGAUGGCACAUCAAUGCGAGCUGUGGCAAGAAGGUAUGUUGUGUCUGUCAGCAUAGUGUCCAGAGCAUGGAGGCGCUACCAGGAGACAGGCCAGUACAUCAGGAGACGUGGAGGAGGCCGUAGGAGGGCAACAACCCAGCAGCAGGACCGCUACCUCCGCCUUUGUGCAAGGAGGAGCAGGAGGAGCACUGCCAGAACCCUGCAAAAUGACCUCCAGCAGGCCACAAAUGUGCAUGUGUCUGCUCAAACGGUCAGAAACAGACUCCAUGAGGGUGGUAUGAGGGCCCGACGUCCACAGGUGGGAGUUGUGCUUACAGCCCAACACCGUGCAGGACGUUUGGCAUUUGCCAGAAAACACCAAGACUGGCAAAUUCGCCACUGGCGGCCUGUGCUCUUCACAGAUGAAAGCAGGUUCACACUGAGCACGUGACAGACGUGACAGAGUCUGGAGACGCCGUGGAGAACGUUCUGCUGCCUGCAACAUCCUCCAGCAUGACCGGUUUGGCGGAGGGUCAGUCAUGGUGUGGGGUGGCAUUUCUUUGGGGGGCCGCACAGCCCUCCAUGUGCUCGCCAGAGGUAGCCUGACUGCCAUUAGGUACCGAGAUGAGAUCCUCAGACCCCUUGUGAGACCGUAUGCUGGUGCGGUUGGCCCUGGGUUCCUCCUAAUGCAAGACAAUUCUAGACCUCAUGUGGCUGGAGUGUGUCAGCAGUUCCUGCAAGAGGAAGGCAUUGAUGCUAUGGACUGGCUCGCCCAUUCCCCAGACCUGAAUCCAAUUAAGCACAUCUGGGACAUCAUGUCUCGCUCCAUCCACCAACGCCAAGUUGCACCACAGACUGUCCAGGAGUUGGCGGAUACUUUAGUCCAGGUCUGGGAGGAGAUCCCUAAGGAGACCAUCCGCCACCUCAUCAGGAGCAUGCCCAGGCGUUGUAGGGAGGUCAUACAGGCACAUGGAGGCCACACACACUACUGAGCCUCAUUUUGACUUGUUUUAAGGACAUUACAUCAAAGUUGGAUCAGCCUGUAGUGUGGUAUUCCACUUUAAUUUUGAGGGUGACUCCAAAUCCAGACCUCCAUGGGUUGAUCCAUUUGAUUUCCAUUGAUAAUUUUUGUGUGAUUGUGUUGUCAGCACAUUCAACUAUGUAAAGAAAAAAGUAUUUAAUAAGAUUAUUUCAUUCAUUCAGAUCUAGGAUGUGUUGUUUAAGUGUUCCCUUUAUUUUUUUUGAGCAGUGUAUUUGCUUGUAUCUACCCCCCAAAAAUGAAAUGCUAUCAUAAAGAACUACAAAUGCCAUGAUGAUCUGGACGAGACUGCCGAAUCGAAGCACAGGUAAGAAUGUAUGGAUUAACUAUCUAAUGUUAGCUAAAUGUAGUAAUGAAUAAAUUGGCAACAUUUCUUUAAAUUGACAAUUCUGUGAACUGUCUUGUGCAAGUUUUAAAUUGACACAAUACCUGUUAGCAAAGGUGUCAUCUAGAGAUGACGACGCAGGGAUUUGUAGUUUUGCAUGAUGUCUACUUUGAUGCUAAUUAGCAUUUUCGAAUCUGAGAGUAAAUAGAGCCGAAUAUAUUGAAAAGUCACCUUGUCUGAGAGAGAUUUACAUGGUUAUCAAAAUGUCACUCCAGGGUAAGCCUACAUGAAACACAGCCCUUAUUUUCAGUGUUUCUAAAAUCCCCUGUGGAAAAACGAUUGGAACCAUUUCCCUGUUUGACCGCUAGGUCUUAUUGGUAUUAUGACACCUCGACUGUGUGGCUCUAUUUUCUAUGCAUUCUAACCCAGUGUAAUACACCCCGUAUAGUGUCUGUCGACUCGACGCAAAAGUAAGACCAAAACACCAAAGUGGGGGAAGCGCGAAUCUCUGGUGGAAUGUGGCCGUGAAGAAAAACAGUUGCGAUUCCUGACACUCGGUUCAAGAGCACCGUGUCCUGGAAUGCUGGAUUUCCUCAGGCCCUUAAAUGACCAACGCUGCAUCUCAAAUGAUUCCCUAUAUAGGCUAGUGCACUACUUCUGACCAGAGCCUUGUACUAUGGAUUACACUGUUUCCUAGCUAUGAAUUAGACUAAAUAACUAAAGUAACAAAACCUGACCUCCAUGUCUUCUUUUAACCCUUUAGGUGUUGAAUGAGUAUUUCCACAAUGUGUGCGAGUUGGACCUGGUGUUCAACUUCUACAAGGUAAGAGUAAAAGUGUUGAGAUGAUUUUUAAAACCACAAACACUCUGUGCUAAGAGGGAAAAUGGAAAGGAGCGGAAGAAACCCGGUUGAGGUGAAAAGAUACCAUUAAAAUGUUUCUUUCAUUGCAAUGGGGAGGUGCUAUGGCAACGAGGAUGGGAUGCGUAAUUACAACAAUCAGUCAAUUAGGCUCAUCCACAUCAAUUUGGCGGGGGUUGGUUUUCCUCUGCAAGAAAUGCUAAGCAAUUAAGACUCCCCUGAUGACUGCCCUUUAAGCAGUUAUCGUGUCAAUUACGUAAGGUAUUUCUGAAUAUUCGCCCACUCGCUGAACCUUAAAGAAGCGCAGCCCACACUAAAAGUUGCUGCGCUCUGUGACGUCUUCUGAUUCACAAAGAAAACAGAAAGUGCCAGAAAUGAACAUGAUGGCAAACAUCAGCUCGUCUCAACAUCAACCCCCUCUCUAUUAGAUCUAGUGCCACAGCAGCAAGGCCUACGCACUGCUAUAAAGAAACAUUUCCAUAAUGGGGUGGAGAUGAAUCUGCAGGAUCUAUACAGUUAUCCAACACUUUUUGUUUUUAAAAGCUGUGUUUGCGCGUGCAUACAGGGAAUUUGACUGGUGCAGUAGGCUGACCUCUGACCUGUGUUCUGUCCCAGGUGUACACGGUAGUGGAUGAGAUGUUCCUGGCGGGGGAGAUCAGAGAGACGAGCCAGACCAAGGUCCUCAAGCAGCUGCUGAUGCUCCAGUCGCUCGAGUAG